AUGGGAAAUAUGAACAACAAAGAGAACGAAAUAUUUAAUGAAUACUCGUGGGUUUUUGAAGUCGAGUUCAAAUCGAAACGGAUCCAGGAAAUGAUAAAGAAGAGCUAUGCUGAAGAUAUUGAACUCAGCAGUGAAGCAGCGUGUGCGUGGAUGAUAGUGAGGGAUGCCUGUUUUCUUCUAGAAGUCCUCCACAGGUUCGGAAUAGAUGAAGAUCAAGAGGAAAGAGUGCCGUUUUUUAUCGAUAGUGUUCUCAGCAGGAAACGGCAUCAUCCUCUGUUGACAGAAAUUGUGAAAGAUAUGCUCAAGAUGGAAAAUCAACUGCCAUUCUGGGCUUUGGAGAAAAUCAGGCCCUGUAUUGAUAGAUCAAAUGAUGAUGUCUGGUUUGAGUCGGCACUGAAGAAUUUAUCCCCUAUAAAAGUAGCACAUGAAGGGAGGAAACGGAGAUACAACAGAGGAUCUCAUAUAUUGCAGUUGCUUCAUGACUACAUUGUUGACAGCCCAGUCCCUGACCCCUCCGAUCUUCAGUCAGCUGGCUGUGGGAAUAUUUUAGGCAACAUUAAAGGAUUCAUCUGUCCCACAACUACAUGCAAAACCAUUCAGAAAAAAUGGCUAUUUGCACUUAUUUUCCUUCCAUUUUUUGUCAUAUUGUUCAUACUGGGGAUCAUAUUUGUCAUUUUGCACUAUAUUAAAAACCACAUAUUUGACAUUUUGUACUCUAUUAUGAACUACCUAUCCCGGAGAGAAGACGAGACAGAAGAACAUGUUCCAUCUAUAGGGGAGCUAAGAAGGGGAGGAAUGAAAUUCAAAAAAAUGGAGGGUGGUAUUAGUCAAAUUGAGUUCAAAAAGAAGAAUUCCACACUGUAUCUGCCCCAAUUCAAAGUAGAUAACAGAUCGGAAGUGAUACUCAGGAACCUUAUUGCCUUGGAAAUCUGCUCCCAAGAUGAAGAGAAACCCAUUACAAGGUAUGCCAUUCUAAUGAACGAUCUGGUUGACACGAGUCAGGAUGUGAGUUUGUUGAGACGUGAGGACAUCAUCACCGGCAAGCUUGGAGCUGACGAAGAUAUUGCUAAGCUCUGGAAUUCUAUGGUGACACCCACAGAAAUGCCCAGGUACGGUUCUAUCGAUAAAGCUGUUAAGUCGAUAAAUGACUACCACAAAAAGUGGCUGAAAGGUCUGGCUUUUCUUAGACAUCGUCGUGUAUUGGGUGACUUUUUGGGGCUGCUGUUAGAGUUUCUCUGGACUUACGGUUCAAGGCCAUGGUGGUUUUUCUCUGCUUUGAUCGUACUUGUAGUUUUAGUGUUAACAGCUGUACAAGUGUUCUGUCUUUUUAGAUCUUGCUCACAGAAAUAG